AAAGUGAACAUAAACAUGGCUUCUACAUCCGACUCGGACAAACCAUCAGUUUCUAAUGUGGAAGAAAACAGACGUCGUCUGUGCGAAGAGUUUGCUACGGUAGCGGGGAGUGACACCGCCGUAGCUCAGUGCUACCUGGCUGAAAAUGAAUGGGAGAUGGAGAGGGCUUUGAACUCCUUCUUUGAGGCAGAUAUGGAGAAAGUAUUUGAUGUGGAAGAUUCCCCUGAGACAGACUCCGGCCCUGCACCAAAGAGAAUAAAGACUGAGACAAAACCUCAAGAAGACUGCAUAGAUUUGACUAAAGGCAGUCCCAGCACCGCGCAGAAACCCUCAGAGGAAGACGACGGGAAACUGUCCCUGAUCACCUGGAACGUGGACGGACUUGAUACAGACAACCUCGGAGAGCGAGCCAGAGGCCUGUGUUCCUACUUAGUCUUAUACACCCCUGACAUUGUGUUCCUACAGGAGCUCAUUCCACCCUACGUCCAGUACUUGAAGAAACGGGCGGUCAGCUACCUGAUCAUUGAAGGCGGUGAAGAAGGUUACUUCACGGGGAUGAUGCUCAAGAAGUCCCGCGUCAAAUUCGAAGGGAGCGAGAUCGUAACUUACCCCACCACUCAGAUGAUGAGAAAUCUGCUUGUAACUCAGGUGACGUUCAAAGACCAGAAGCUGUGUUUGAUGACGUCCCACUUUGAGAGCUGUAGGGGCCACGCAGAGGAGCGGAUGAAACAGCUGCGUGUGGUGAUGCAGAGGAUGAAAGAUGCACCUGAUGACGUCGCCGUUCUGUUUGGAGGGGACACCAACCUGAGAGACCCUGAGGUGGCCAAGGUGGGCCUUCCCUCCACUGUCUCUGAUGUGUGGGAGCGACUCGGCAAACAGGAGCACUGCCGCUACACAUGGGACACCAAAGCCAACAGCAACAAGUCCGUUACAUACAUCAGUCGAUGUCGCUUCGACCGGGUCUACCUACGACCAGCGACCAAGGAUGGAGUCCCACGUUUGGCCCCUGACCACAUGGCUUUGGUGGGGAUGGAGAAGCUGGACUGUGGCCGAUACACUAGUGACCAUUGGGGAAUCUAUUGUAGCUUCUCUGUUGGCUAGAAAUACACAAAACAAGCAGAACCAAGCCAGUCAAAGCCUUUGUUGUAGAUCAGCUGGACUUGUUAGUUCUGCAUGUUUUUAUUGUCCUGGUGCACAGUUGAUCAGACCACCCUAACACCUUCUCAAUGACAGACGCUCUGAUCUCAUCCAAGGUCAAACCAUGAGAAACUUUAAUGAUAUUCAACACCUCAAAUUAGAAUUAACAUAAUUAAUUUCAAGCAAAUCAGAAGACUAUGAGUGCAACUAUUGUAGUUGGUGUUCAGUUUCAGUUUGGUCCAUUUUAUUUAGUAAAUCUCUUCUACAGGUUCAUUCCACACAAUUCACAUUACAGUUAAUUAGAUAUGAAAUUAUGAAUACUUGAUUUGCUCAAUUCAGAGGCUCAUAG